AACAAUAUCCCUUACCCACUUCUCUAUCUCUCCACCCUUUCCCUUCAACUAUGACCCUUUUCUUUCCCAAUUCUCUUCAUCUUCAAUUCCUCCCACAACCAUAGCCUAUCAUCCCACCCACACUUGAGCAUCCAAUUUUGAUAUUCCAAAGAAAAAAAAAAUUCAUUCUUUUGAUUCUUUGGCUUUGAUUAGUUCUUGGGAGCUGAACUCUGCGUUCUAGGUCUUGUUCAAAUUCUGUUUUUGGGUGCUAUGGCGCUUGACUCUUCAAUUCUAAGCCCGCCCAGAUUCAUUUAUGGUUCAAAAUCAUUGAGUUUCUUAUACUAUCAUAAGCAGAAGAAUUUCCCCACCAAGGUUUUGGUACAAAAUAAUUGAUACCCAUUUCGAUUGGUAUCGAAUUGCAUUGGCAAUAGCGAUUUUGGGAGGUUCUUAGGUCCAAGAUGCGAGGGAGUUGACUUGUUUGCUAAUAGAGCUCGUUUGAGAGCUGGAGGUAAUGAUAGUGAGAGCUCUAGUGGUACAAAUGCUGUUUCGGGUUUGAGUUUUGAUUUUGUUGGGUAAUGGUGAAGUGUGGAGUUGUUUUAGCAGCUAUGGUUUGUGGGGUUUGUGGAGAGCUUUUGCUGUGGAGGGUGUGGUCAAUGCAAGCUAUGGCCUAUAGGGUUGUUGACAAGUGCACAUUGAUGUUUAGAAAUGCUUGGUCGAAGACGCUGCUGGUUCUGCAGGUUUUUAUGGAGCAGGGUUUGAUUUUGGUGGCGCUUUUGGGUCUCUCGGCUUUUUUCUCAAUGGCAGAGACUUCGAUUACCACGCUAUGGCCUUGGAAGGUGCGUGAGUUGGCUGAGAAAGAGCCUGAAAAUGGUGUCUUCGGAUUGCUUCGCAAUGAUGUGACUCGGUUCUUGACAACCAUACUUAUUGGCACAACUGUUGUCAAUAUUGGAGCAACUGCUCUAGUUACAGAGGCUGCAACAAUGAUAUUUGGUGUAGUUGGUGCUAGUGCAGCAACUGGAGUAAUGAUUGUAUGUCUCAUUUUCCCUGCCUGAUACGAUACAUAGUUGGAGGUUUUAAAGUUUGUUUGUGACAAAUUGGGUACUGGUCAGUUUAAGUUUUAGUGGUCCUUAUAUCAUAGAUAUUUGGUAUGAUCAAGCUUCUAAUGUUGAAAAUGCUAAUAACUUGUACUCUAUCCUAUAUCAGUAAUCUCGUGAAACACAACACUAAAAUAUAUUUGGUAUCUGGAGUGGACACCAAAGAGAUGUUCUUUCAUGUAUGACUGAGUAGGGUAUUUUCUAUAAGCAUUCUCAAGAGAGAGAUUGAUCAAAUUCGCUGGACUUCUUAUCGAGUGUCAGAGGUUCUUAUUUUGAUCCUCGCCGAAAUAACUCCCAAAAGUGUUGCUAUUCACAAUCCCACAGAAGUUGCUAGGUAUGUGGUAAGUUAGAUUCUUUCUCUAACUUUAACUAACUUCCACAUGUGAAUACUAAUUAGACGUUCCUGCCUUUUGGUAUAGUGGUGUAAUUUUUGUGCUUAACUUAUGUUACUCUUGCCUGCCUUGCUUAAUUCAACAUGUAUUGAUUUUAUGCCUCUAGGUUAGGCUGGUGGCUUAGCUUUCAUUGGUAGUAUAUCCUGUCUGAAGAGUUAUUACACAUCUAUCAAUGGGGAUGUUGAAACUUCUAGGGUUGAAAGGAAGAAGGUUUUCUUUUGAACACUCAAGUUUGAAUUAUUCUCAACUUCUAUCUUAUUUGUAUUUAUUUUCUUGUUGAUUUUCUCAGUGAACCAUAUGUUAAUGAAGAGGAGUUAAAACUGAUAUUGCGAGGGGCAGAGUUAAGUCGGACAAUAGACUAAUAGAGGAGGAAGAACAGGUACUCCAAUAGCUUUGUUUCUAAGAUUGUUCUGCGGAAGUAUUUAUUGCUUUGGUAAUUCCAACUAGUAAACCAUGAUUGCUGUUUUUGAAUGCGAAAGUGAAGAAAAUCAAUCAAUGUUAUACAAGCUAUCAAUUUAAAUUUCAGUGCUUCUGUCAUCAAGUACCCUGCAGUUGCAUCCAUAAUUUUUAAUUUUUAUAUUUAUCUAUGUGAGAUACUUACUAUUUACAGAAUACGUUGUUCUAUUGUGUGUGAGUUAAGGUCCUGCUGUAUAUGCAGAGAAGAAAAAGUAAGGGUUUGGUGUGGGAUAUCAAAGCGUUUGUAUUGAAACUCUUUAUAAGUUUGUGGAGGGUAGUCUUGG